AUGAAUAAUUUACAACUUCAACAAUAUCCUGCUAGGAUAUGGAACGCAGAUGAAACGGCUUUUAAUUAUGGCCCCAGCCGUAAUAAUGUUUUAACUGGAAUCGGAGAAAUAGCCCAAAAGCAAACUGCAGGCGCAGGACGGAAAACAACAACAGUUUUGGCAUGUGCUAUGCCAACAGAUCCAUAUUGCCACCUUGACGAUGAAAAUUCCGAAGAAGUCGUUUAUGCAGAGAGUAAUGACUCAUAUGAAGCUCCAAAUGAUAAUAUGGAAGAAGGUGCCGAACCUCAAGUUCAAGAACCCACCGACGAUAAUAUAAUACCAGGAAAAUACAUCGUGGUACGAAUAAACAAACGAGCAGUUACUCAUUCGAUUGGACUAAUAUGUCAAAUUAAUGCACUGAAAAGAGUCGUGAUAAUGAAAUGUUUGAAACGAUGUGUGGGAAAUGCCUUCAAAUUUCGUGAGGAAAUCGAACCUCUCUUGUUCACGUGGUUCGAGAGGAAGUCAUUGCGAAGAGAACGGCGGCGGUGGCAGAUCGAGCGCGAGGUACGGAAGUCAUCCCCCAGCCGUCCCGACAGAUUCUUCACCUGUUGCCCCACAAUCGAGGACGCGGAGGCCGCACGACUCCCGCAUGGAGAUGGUGUCAACGGGCGGUAACGGUCCUGCUCAGAACACUCUCGAUGAAGUUAUACGUGAGUCUCCAUGGAUGUAUGAAAGACGGGUGUCGAUGCGUUUGAGAGCGGGUGGUCAAGGUGCCCCCAAUGCUUCGACUUCUGACUUAAGCACUACAAAACAAGCGAACGCCUCCGGAGUGGCAAUGGUGCCACCAAGCGGCCAAGCGGUGCAGCAGGGACAGCUAGGGGGCCAGCUCCCUAGGAGGGGUAGCGCUUCCAAGGAUCCCACCGCAGCGCCUAGACUCAAAAAGUGAGAAGGACAUUAAACAAAAUUUAUUUUUUAAUUUUUCCAUUAGUGACGAUUUUUUAUUAUUUUUUAGAUAGCUUUUUAUUUUUCGUCGGUAGAGUUGGUAGGACGAGGUUCGGGGAUAUUUAUGAGAUCGCUAGAUACGACGAAGGACGUCACACCAAACAGGUGAAGCUUAUGAACGUUUCCAAGAAAGUUAAGUUCAUGUAACAGCACUUAGUAUUAUAUUUUAUUUUAAAUUUCUUCUUAAAUCUAUUAUAAACAAAUUUGAUCGUGGUGUCGUAGUGAUUAUACAGCAUUUAACGAACAAUUCUACCGUUCUUUUAAAUAUUUUUAAAAGAUAUACAUACCUUUAUACCAAAAAAGUAAUACAAAUAGUGGGAUUAUGUUAGUUAGUAGGUACAUGUGUAAAAUUUGCUCACUAUUCUUGAUUUUGUGAUACCUUUAAUCAAUUAGUUAACCCUGCUUAUAUGUUUUAUACAAGAAAAGCUUGAUUGGUUAAAAGUUAAAAAGUUAAAAGUUAAAAAGCGUUAAACGACACUUUAUUCUAAUUCAUUUUCAUUACUGUAUUCGUAAAGCAUCUCAUUAUCAUAUACACUGAAGGUUGUACUGAAAUAGAAUAUUAAUAACAAUGAAUAAAUUAAAAAACAUACCAAAAAAGUUCUAUGAAGAUAUCUUCUUCUUAGGGUGCCUGUCCGUUCCGAACGUUCGCGAUCAUUCAGCAGUUCUGCAGGAAUUUCAUCAAGUCCCGGUGUCUUUCCAUCCUUCAUUUGUAUGACGGCUGCCGUUAUUUCUUCUGGUAGGAUUUCGGGACCUGAAUUUUCUUCAAUGGUGGUCUCUUGCAUUGUUCUAAGGUCAUGGAAAAGUUUCCCCAAGUAUUCUUCCCAUACUUUUUUUAUCUUCUUUGGUUACGGCAAGAUUGCCUUCAUAAUCUGUUAUUUUUCCUCUGUUGCGUUUUCGAAACUUUUCAGCUAUUUCCUUCACCUUUCGAUGAACAUUGAAGUUAUCAUAAUUAUCGACUCUGAUACUCUUCUAUUUCUUGACAUUGUUCUGUUUUUUGUUUCUCUUUGGCUUCUCUUAUUUUUCUUCUGACGAUGGUAUGUAUUCUCUUAUAUUCUUGGAGAUUUUCUUUGUUUUUUUUUUUCCUCUGAUCCAUAAGCGCAAGGAUUUCAUCGGUCAUCCACGAUUUCCAUUUCUCUGUGUCUUUCUUCAGGUGUUGUUCUUUUAUUUCCCUCACUGUUUCUUGUAUGAUGGUCAGACUUUCCUCUAUAGUUUCUGCAUUUUUGCAUGUUAGCACCCUUGUAUUCAGGUUUCCACUCACCUUCAAUCGAACAUUGGGAUCUUUCAGUUUUCUAAAAUCAUACUUCUUCAUCGACUUACUUAUAACCUUCUUCAUUCUGACUUUGAAAUUACCUACAACUGGUACAUGAUCAGAAUUUAUGUCUGCCCCCGGAUAUGUUUUGACAGAUGUACAGCUGUUCCUAUACCUCUUAUUUACUAGCAUGUAAUCAAUCUGAUUUCUUACAAUCUUUCCCACAGUAUCCUGUGGAGAUUUCCAGAUGUACAGUUUCCUUGGAUGUAGCUUAAACCAGCUGUUCAUUAUUACUAAUUGAUUUGCUUCCGCAAAAGUCUCCAGUGUAUCUCCCCGAUCAUUCCGGUUUCCUACACCAAAUAGUCAAAUGGCAGAUGAUGUUUUGCUGGCUCCAACUUUGGCGUUGAAAUCACUCGUGACAAUUGUUAGAUCUUGCUUUUUUAACCUUUUCACGACUUGAAUAAUGUUAUGGUAUAGUUCUUCUAUCUUUUGUUGUAAGUGCAUACACUUGAAUUAUAUUGAUGUCGAUUGGUCUUGCUUGUAGUUGUAUCACUCUUGCUGAGAUUAGAAUGAAGUUGUCAACAGAUUUUGCCACUUCUUUUGUCAAUAUAAUGAAAAUAUGGUUGGGGUAAAUGCCUGAAUCAGAUCAUUAAAUCUCUUACAAAAAAAUAAAGUGAAUAUAAAAUAUGCCUGAUGGACAUUUAUAUGUUACUAGCAGUUUAUCUAUCUUAGUAUGGUACUUGGAAACGUUUCUCUCGUGUCAGAUUUUGGUAAUCCAUUGGUCUAAUCAAAUAUAUAAAGUAUAUUCAGUUUCAGUUCAGUUUCCUCAAAAAAGCUUGUACAAUAUACGGUAUUAUGUAAACCCUUGGAUAAAUAGUAUUCAAAUAAGACAAACUCUUAAUUCCAUGGAAGGUGCUUACAAAAAAGUAGUGCGAAGUUGAAGGUCUUCUCGUUUACAUACUGUAAAUAUUUUUAUAUUUAUUAAUAUUUUUAUGUAUAAAAAUUUUAAACAAUCAUUUACUAAUAAUUUUUAGAAAUGUUGCAUAUUAAUCAACAAAAUGCAGAAUUUUGUUUUGACACCAUGGAAAUUCAAACUAAAUUCAUCUAUCAAUUCUAACUGGAAUUUUUUUUGAAGUUCCUUCUCCUAUCAGAGGUUGGAAUUUUUUAGGAAUUUAUUUAGUUUUAUUCUUUAUAAUUUUUUUUAAAUAUAAAACAGAAUUUUAUAUUUAAUAAAUUCUUUAUUAAAUAACGCAGAAUUUUAUAAAUUUAGAAUACAGUAUUUAGGUAUUUAUGCAGAAUUUGUAUUUUGAUACAUUAUUUAUCAGUCAUUUAGAAAAUAUUUUUUGCAAUUCUUGCAAAUUUUGUGAUAUUUUAUAAAUUCGUCUAUAUAUCUUUUAUAAAUUAAUUCUGGUGAUGCUUAUUUUUUUGCAUAAUUUUAACAGUGUUAUGGUGUUUUCAAAAAUGACGUGAAAGUACAAAAAAUGUCACGUGAAAGAAACUUUACAUAAAUACAUAGCGUCUUAUAAAUAUCCCCGAAUCUGAUGAACGAUUACCGACUGAAAGGGAACACAGGUAAAGUUGAUAGAAGUGAUAAGGACCAUGUUUAUAUGCAAAUGUGAUUUUGUUAAGUUUUUCCAACUCUUUUUGAGCUGUUUUCCUGCGCCUAUGUUUAUCUUUAAGUUAGAAAAUUGUAAUCAUCUAAAAAGUGUAUCUGCGAUCGAGGUUUCCAAAAUUUUGACUCGAAUGAAGUUUAGAGAAUGAAAUUGAUCCCAGAUACAUUUUUUGCUGCUUGUUAAAGAUUUUCUCGUCGCGUCGAUGAUUUUUGCUUGCAGAGGAUUCACUUGAUGAAAGUAGAUAUCUGUUUACUAUUGUAAUAUACAUGUCUGUUAAAUAUUUCGUUAUGAUAACGUUUUUUAUAACAAUUGUAUAUUAUAAAAGUAUAUAUUUCCUGCUAUGUGAUAAAUAGCUGAACUGAGAAGGUGAUACUCAAAGAAAAGACAAUAAAAGUGAAUUUUUUGUUAAUCGUUAUCAUACUAUUCAUCAAAUUUGUAAGUUUUUAUUUAAAUAUGUUUCACGAAACUUAUCAAUUCAUCUCCAAAUUGACGCAAAAUCAUAUCAACAGAUAUUUUUAGUCUCACAAGUGCCGAAGAAAUUAUUUCUAAAACUAUUAAUUUUAAUAAUAAUUGAAAUCAAUUUCUCAAUAGCAAAAAUUCAAAUUCUGUUUUUGUGUAAAUUUUUGAAAGGAAGAAUUCAUUUGCUCCGUAUUAUUAUUUAAUAUAAGAGUAAUUGUACAAAGCAAAUUUUGAUGAGACAUUAAACUCUAAUAAUAAAAUUCAUGUCAAUAAUAAUUUAAUAAAAAAUCGCUCAAAUAAAGUAUAUUUCUGAUACAAAACUUCAAAAUUAAAAACCAUUUUAUCACACUUGCCCUUUUUUUGUAUCCACAGGUAAUGUGUGAAAAACUUAUCAGUGUAAUAAUGCUGUAACGUCAUUUAAUUUGACACAUUUGAUCACAUUUCUUGCUUCAUCAAUUUGUUUCAGUGCAGUCUCCACCAAAUCAGUUGCAUUUAGAUCCGGAUGAUAAGGUGGCAGUGUUAAUAUAAUCUAUUAAUAAUUAUUCUUGAUAUAGCAAUGUCUGCUUUUCUAGAUUGCGGUAUUGGGAAUUUAGUUUUCAAAGAGUAUCCAAUUUUACUUCAAAGAAAUAUUGAAAUACUUGUCAACACUACAAGAAUUAUGUGUGGUUGGGAUAUUUGUACCAUAUAUAGUGAAAUAAAUUACUAACAAGUAAACAUAGAACAUUGAUACACUAUGACAUGGGUCACCAAAUGCCGGACCGCGGUCCGCAUCCGUAACGUGAGCUUGUUUUUUUGCGGACCGUGGUUAAAUUCAAAAUAUAGUGUAAAAUUAUAAUCAAAUCUAAAUAUAUAAAUAUCUUUACAUUUUUAAAAUUCUCAGUACUAAUACUAUAUAGAAAUACUCGUAAUCUAAACAAUAUGCUUCGACUAAAGGGGUUUCCAAAGUUUCAAAUAGUAGCUGCCUAAAAAUAAUCUUUUAGCAAACUAAAAUAGGGAAGCUGUCAGCACAAAAUGUUGUGCAACUGUUUUUCACUCAAGCCUAACGGUCUAUGGACUAGCGAAGUAGCAGACUUUUUAAGAGUAACAAAGCUGCCCUUCAGUUGGAAAUGAUCGAAUAUCAGAAAGAUUCCGCUUUAAAGGAGAUUUAUAAGCCUGCUUACUCGCUAUAAAUGUCAGAAACACUUGCCUAGGACAAAUUUUAGAUUAAAUACGUGUGUGACAAAAAAUAUCCAGGAUAUUUGACAAUUAAACUGUGUACUAUGUUUGGCUCAACUUUGUGUUCGAAGCCGCUUUUUCAAAAAUGAACUUUGUUGAAAAUCGGUACUGGUCUCGAUUGACAGAUGAAUACCUUGGCUCCCUAAUGAGAAUUAGUUGCACUAACCUCAAUCCAAAUUUCAGACAAGUUGUACAAAAUAAAAAGUGCCAUUUUCUCACUAAUAGUCUAAUUUUGUUGAGUUUUACAUUUAUUUUUAGACUUAUUAUAAUCAUUACUUUUGAAUUUAUUUAAACUAAUGUACCCCUUUCAAAAACGAGUUGGCCUAGUUGCCUGGUUUCAACUACGAAACGAGGAUGAUCACCUGAUGGGGGAUUACACAUGGACUCUCAAGGAAUAUAAUUGGUGACCCCUGCACUAUGAGACUCGAAGGCUCACAAGAAAGAUGGACAUAAAAAAGGCACCACUGUUUUUACAGUGGCAGACUGUUUUUACAGGUGGACAGACAAAAUAACAAAUAGUGCAGUUCUUCGAAGAAUGAACAAAGAACGGGAGCUGUUGAUCACCAUCAAGAGAAGAAAAUUGGAAUAUCUUGGUCAUGUGAUGAGAGGGAAAAAGUACAGAUUGCUCCAGUUAAUUAUCCAAGGAAAGAUUCAGGGCAAACGAAGCGUGGGGAGACGACGCGACGUAAAUCUUGGCUGCGUAAUUUAAAAGACUGGUUCCAGUGCACAUCUAACCAAUUAUUUAGAGCAACAGCUUCAAAGAUACGAAUAGCAAUGAUGAUUGCCAAACUUCGUAGCGGAGAGGGUACUUGAAGAAGAAGAAGAAGAAUUAGAACUGUUUUUAAAUAUUUGAAUCCCAAAAAAAAAACAGAAAUAGUAUAUGCAUAAGACACAGAGAAGUACUAAAAAGAAAUGGAUAUCAAAAUUAUAACCACAGUAAACGAAAUACAAAUAUCAUAAAAAUAAAAACACGGUAAGAUUCAUUCAGUUUCUUUUGAAACGGAUUAACUCAGCGUUGAAAAUAAAAAAAAUGGAAUCAAAUGAGAAAAUUUAGUUAAAUAAGUACACAGAUCACAAAGUUUAUUGUUUAUUUAAUCUAUUUCGAUUUAAACAUGUUUAAAAUAGAGAUUGCACAAGAAUAUUAAUUAACAUCAAAUAAUAUGAAUAAUGAAAUAUGUAAAUAUAUUGUUAAAUACGCGUUCUUAACGUGAAAGCAACAUCACUGGACUUGGCUUAGAGUAGUAUAAUGUAUUCACAAUAAUUUAAAUAAUCUGUUAAUCAAAUUAAGCCCGGAUGAUGGAUUUCGACACCGUCGAAUUUUGAAUAAAUGGGGACCUACAAAUUGGGGUUAAAAGCAGUGGUUUUUAUUGAGAUACAAAGAGAGGACUCCAUAUUAUGAGAGAGCGGCGUCCAAACUGAGACAAAAUGGGACUUCCAAACUAGGAUGAAACCGGCCUCCAAUCUAGGAUGAAAUGAUCUCUGUCCUAGGAUAAACUAGAAUGCACUAGGACUAGAAUUAGAUGAG